UGCUGUGGGACAGCAGGAAUCAAGCAUCUGGGGUCGCGCUCACAUAUACUGUAUUAAACUGAUGCGCACUAAUGCGCACACUGGAACAUCUGACGCGCGCAUUUGGUUACGCUUCUAUCAUGGUGAUACGCGUUUGAAUCGAGGAUUAUUAUUUUAGAAAGACUCCGAUCGUGAAUAUAACGGACAUCAGCUGCUAGUGCGUUUGACAGUUUGCAAUUUUCCCCUGGCUUGUUUGUAGUAUUAAAUCAUUGCUGCUCGGACACCCCAUACGCAUUAGAAAGCUUCCGAUAUCGCACAAGUUUGUAGCUGGUACUGAUUGUCGGACACGUCGUUUUGGAGAUUUCUAUCAGUCGGACGGUGGUCCUCUUGUAUGGAUGUAGUGCCUCGGACUGAGUCGGACCGAUCCGGGGUUUCCAGACGCGCUUCCCCGAGAUUCCCCAGCAGCAUCACCGUCCAGCCGAGCGCAUCCAACAGCAGUCGACAUGAUCCUUCUGGGAAUACUUCUAAAUCUGUUCGUCAUUAAGGGGGCUGUUCCCUUGGUGUUGCCAGUUUUCCCCGGGACUGUGGACUGCAUAGAGGCUGUAAAUGAAUGUAUGGUGGACCCGGAGUGUAAGCGGCAGUUCCGGCACCUGGAGUACUGCGUGGACGAGGAGGCAGUGGCUCCCCUCAGUCUGGAGGGGCGGCAGGCCUGCAUCGAUGCCCAGAACAACCUCAUGCACUAUCAGAACCUGCAAGAAUGCAAGUGUCAGCGAGGCUCUCGCUUGGAACAACAGUGCCUGAGCGUUUACUGGACCGUUCGUUUUCCACAGGGUUAUGAUGACAUUGAGACGUCCCCAUAUGAAGACAUUGAACUGGAACUUGUGAGAAAUAGCGAAACAUCAAAACUAGCCUCAAUAGUUUCAGUGUCCUCCCUUCCUCUGGCGGAUCAGAACCAGUGUCUGAAAGCAGCUCAGGACUGUGGGUUGUACGAGAAGUGCGGUUCCCUGCGCUCUGAGUACGCGUUAGCUUGCACUAAGAUCAUACCUGGCACGAACCACUGUAACCGGCACAAAUGUCACCGGGCCCUGCGGAGGUUCCUGGAGCGUGUUCCAGAGGAGUACAGCUUUGGUGUCUUAUUUUGUCCUUGUUCGGAUACUCUGUGUGGAGAGAGAAGGAGAAAAACCAUCGUGCCCUCCUGUUCCUAUGAGGAGCGAGAUGGACAGCCCAACUGCCUCAAUCUGGAGAGUUACUGCCUCAAAGACAACCUGUGCAGGUGA